AAAUAAAAUUGGUGUUCAAAGUAUAAGAUAUGGCAGAACCGCUCGUAAAGAAGGCAAGGCAGCAAUGCUCUCAAGAACUCUGCCCUGAAAGGACAAGUCUUCUGAAUCCACAGAUGAUUAGAAGAGCAAUUUUGCUUGAUCCAGUUGUGCUAAAUAAAAUGGAUGAAUCUGAAUACCUUUCAAGAAUGAUAAGACUUGAUACACUAAAUGAUUUACACAAAGAAAAAUUUGGAAAAGAUAAAUAAAGAUUAUGAAUUGGCAAAGACUGUUGAUCAAAUCCUAGAAGUUCAUGGAAGAGGAUAAAGUAAAGGAUAAGUGUAAAGUGCAUCCAUAAUGUAAAGAGAGACUCCAUUCUUUGUUGUGUACUUUGAGAGGGACCAGAAAACUCAUUAACCAUGGCUGAUUGUGAAAAUAGUGUUCAGACCUUAGCGUCUCUUUCUGUAAAGAAGAGUAUUAUGUUUCUGCAGCAACUUGUGUAUCGUUUUGUAAAUAUCAAAGACAUUGAGCCAUGUGCUUCUUUCUUGAGGGACUUGCUUACAUCAAUCCCACCCAAUUUCCAUGCAGAAUUUCUUGAUAAACUAGCACCAAUAUUUGACAAUAUUACAAACUGUGCUGUGGAGAAUUGUGUUUUGGACAUAAUAGAUGAGUUGGCGCUGAUGCUGUUAUCUCCAUCCAUAACACAGAUAGAUGUCGACAAGUUCAUUUUCCCAACAAGAAACCCAGCCAAAUACCUUAAGGCCUUAGCACAUGCAACCAGUCUAAGAAUGUUAAUUAGCCAGAGAGAAAAUGUAUGGAAGUAUUCCAUCUGUAAAUUUGAACUUCUCUCUUCUGCUUUGACAAAGAUGCCAAUGCUGAGACAUCUGACUUUACAUCAUAUUAAAAUUCCAAGUGGUAAGAUUAACCAGUUGUUACUGGGUUUAGCUUCAAACAGUCCCCACUUGAUAUAUCUAGAUUUAAAAUAUGGGGCCUUAACUGACUCUGGCUUAGAUCCAAACUCAUUGGAAAAGUUUGGAAAAAUUACUGAUUUCACAGACUGCAUCCCUGCCUUGUUAAAAAUGAAAAAUCUUCAUUACCUGAAUGUCAGUGAGUCUUGGCUCACUUACGUUGGUGUGAAAUCGAUUGUGAAGAAUCUACCCCUGCGAAGAUUGGAUGCCAUAGUGGAGGGAGGAUAUGAUCUGCAGGCCGUGGUCAUAAAAGACAUCCUGAUGUUAAAGUCUGAGUCUCUUGUACUUCCCAGAACAUCGUACUAUGUUGCUCCUGAGGAACACAACAUUCAGUAUAUAUGCCAAGCAUGCCCAGAGUUAGAGUACAUCAUCAUGCAACAUUGUGGAGUUGGAGUGACAGAAUCCACCUUCCAGGGCCUCACCAGCUUACAGCACUUGAAAAAGGUCACCAUUUGUGGUCUAGAGUGGUCUCUCCUCCAUUCCCAGAUUGCUAUUAAUGACGAUCCUAUGCCUAUCAGCAAUGUAGUGACAGAGGUAACCUUGACUGAGCCCUCGUGUGUGGAUGCAUACCACCUUGGGAGCCUGUCAGUCUGUUUCCCGCAGCUGACUCACCUCUGGGUACUGGGCUCGCAGAAUGAGGAGAGUGAUGUUCCCUGGGAUGGAGUCAGAGUAUUCACAAAAUUGACACAUCUUCAUUAUGAAGGUUCCCUGUUUAUUGGAAAAUUUGGGAGAAUAGAGAGGGAGCAAGGGCUACAGAAUAUCCUGGAUGUUCUACUGGCAUGGUGCAAACAGCUUCGAAGCUUAACCUUAUACACUAAUUACCUGGAGAAUCUCAUGUUGCAUUUUGCAGUGCGAAGAAAUGGACUACGCAAACUCGAGGAACUGAGGAUAGGAUUGCAGCAUGAUUUAUCAAGUGACACAAUAAUGCUUUUACUUCAAAACACUCCAGACUUACGGAUACUUGGAAGGACAGAUUGGUGGACUACUAUGACUCACCUAGAGAAAGUUAAUCUCAUAAGAACACUUAAAUUAAGAUACAGCAAUCUUGAAGUUUUUGGCUUAGACAACUGUAGUGAUGUGGAGCAUGAUCCUCGGCCUACAAAAAAUAAUCACGGCAUUGUUGUGUGGUAGCUCCCCUGUCAGUGAUGAG